AAAGGCUAAGGCUAUUGGCAACUGUCUCCAGGCGUUGUCCCCUGAGCCUGAUGCUGCGCCAGGACGGAGAAGGCUGUUCCAAUAUAACUGUCCUAAAGUACUGCGGUGGCCCCCUCCCCCGCGCCUGAGAGGGAAGCGGGGACGAGGUUGGCUUUCUUUGCACCCUGUCUGGGCGUGGGCCCCGCCGCAGCUCCGCGGAGCCUCGGUGUCUCUUGCAAGGGGGGCGGGGGGGAGCCGCGGCGAGCAGCCCUGGGCUGCGGCUUCCUCCCCACGCCGUCUCCUGCGCACCGCCGACCAGGACGCGAGCCCGAGCCUGGUCCCCACGCCGCGGCUUGCCCGGCCUCCCGGCCGACCCCAGAACAAUCCACCAUGACGACCGAAUCGGGAUCAGACUCUGAAUCCAAGGCAGACCAGGAGACUGAGCCCCAGGAGGCAGCGGGUGCACAGGGGCAAGCGGGGGCUCAGCCCGGGCCUCUGGAGCCCCCGAGCGGGAGCGGGAGCGGCAGCGGUGAGGAGCCUCCGGCGCUGGAGCAGUUUGAGGCUGCGGCGGCGCACAGCACCCCGGUGCGGAGGGAGGUCACUGACAAGGAACAGGAGUUUGCUGCCGCAGCUGCAAAACAGCUUGAGUAUCAGCAAUUUGAAGAAGAUAAACUUUCUCAGAAGUCAUAUAGCAGUAAACUCUCUCGGUCUCCAUUAAAGAUUGUCAAAAAACCUAAAAGCAUGCAGUGCAAAGUGAUACUUCUAGACGGGUCAGAAUAUUCCUGUGAUGUGGAGAAACGCUCCAGAGGGCAAGUGCUGUUUGACAAAGUGUGUGAACACCUGAACCUGCUAGAAAAGGACUACUUUGGCCUCACGUAUCGAGAUGCUGAAAAUCAGAAGAAUUGGUUGGACCCUGCUAAGGAAAUUAAAAAACAGAUUCGAAGUGGUGCUUGGCAGUUUUCAUUUAAUGUGAAAUUUUACCCACCAGACCCUGCUCAGCUAUCUGAAGAUAUCACCAGGUACUACCUCUGCCUACAGUUGCGCGAUGACAUCGUAUCAGGAAGGCUGCCCUGCUCCUUUGUGACCCUCGCCCUGCUGGGCUCCUACACAGUCCAGUCAGAACUUGGAGACUAUGACCCCGAUGAAUGUGGGAAUGAUUACAUUAGUGAGUUCCGCUUUGCACCAAACCACACUAAAGAACUCGAAGAUAAAGUGAUCGAGCUGCACAAGAGCCACAGAGGAAUGACGCCAGCAGAAGCCGAGAUGCAUUUCUUGGAAAAUGCCAAAAAACUAUCUAUGUAUGGAGUAGAUUUGCAUCAUGCCAAGGAUUCAGAAGGAGUAGAAAUUAUGUUAGGAGUUUGUGCGAGUGGUCUGUUGAUAUAUCGUGACCGGUUGCGAAUAAACAGAUUUGCCUGGCCCAAGGUUCUAAAAAUUUCAUAUAAACGAAACAACUUUUACAUUAAGAUUCGGCCAGGAGAGUUUGAACAAUUUGAAAGCACCAUUGGGUUUAAGCUGCCAAACCAUCGGGCUGCCAAGCGUUUGUGGAAAGUAUGUGUUGAACACCAUACAUUUUUCAGACUGUUGUUACCAGAAGCACCUCCAAAGAAAUUCCUAACCUUGGGUUCCAAGUUCCGGUACAGUGGCAGGACGCAAGCCCAGACAAGAAGAGCCAGUGCAUUGAUAGAUCGCCCCGCGCCUUACUUUGAACGUUCAUCCAGCAAACGUUACACCAUGUCUCGCAGCUUGGAUGGAGCGUCAGUGAAUGAAAACCAUGAAAUAUACAUGAAGGAUUCUAUGUCUGCUGCAGAGGUUGGUACUGGCCAGUACGCCACAACAAAGGGCAUCUCUCAGACCAACUUGAUCACCACUGUGACUCCGGAGAAAAAGGCCGAGGAGGAGCGUGACGAGGAAGACGAGAGACGGAAAAAGGCUGAGGAAGCCACGCCGGUCUCAGCCAUCCGGCACGAGGGAAAGACUGACAGUGAGCGAACAGACACCGCCGCGGAUGGAGAAACCACCGCCACCGAGGAGCUAGAUAAAACUCAAGAUGAACUGAUGAAACAUCAGACCAACAUUAGUGAGCUGAAAAGAACCUUCUUAGAAACCUCAACAGACACUGCCGUAACGAAUGAGUGGGAAAAGAGGCUUUCUACCUCCCCGGUGCGACUGGCUGCCAGGCAGGAGGAUGCACCCAUGAUCGAGCCACUGGUACCCGAAGAGAAAGUGGAAACCAAGAUGGAGUCCAGUGAAACAGAGACAGAAACCACCCCACACCCCCAGCCACUCAGCACUGAGAAGGUGGUGCAGGAAACUGUGUUGGUGGAGGAGAGGCGUGUGAUGAACGUGCACGCAAGUGGGGAUGCUUCUUACACAGCUGGGGAAGAUGCAGAUGCUGCAGCGCAGCCCAUACCUACUGAAGCAGUCAGUGUGAAAGAGAAGGAAGGCUCUGCUGUGACAGAGGGGUCCAAAGAGGAAAGACAGGAAGAGUCUGCUAAGGCUGGAUCUGAGCAAGAAGAAACAGCCCGUGCUUCCCAGGAGCAAGAAGAGGAGCAGGGUGCAGCCACCCAGGUUUCUGAAACUUCAGAACAAAAACCUCAUUUUGAGUCAUCAACUGUGAAGAUGGAAACCAUCAGUUAUGGCAGUGUUCCCACAGGAGGAGUAAAGCUAGAAGUUUCUACCAAGGAAGUGCCAGUAGUUCACACAGAAACAAAAACCAUCACAUAUGAAUCGUCACAGGUGGAUCCUGGGGCUGAUCUGGAGCCAGGCGUGCUGAUGAGCGCACAGACAAUCACAUCGGAAACCACCAGUACCACCACCACCACGCACAUCACCAAAACUGUGAAAGGAGGCAUUUCAGAGACGAGAAUUGAGAAGCGAAUAGUCAUCACAGGAGAUGCGGACAUUGACCAUGACCAGGCUCUGGCUCAGGCAAUUAAAGAGGCCAAAGAGCAGCACCCUGACAUGUCAGUGACCAAAGUAGUGGUCCAUAAAGAGACAGAGAUCACACCAGAAGAUGGAGAGGAUUGACCAGAGGAAUAAUUUAGCUUGCACAUGAAUCCAGUCAUGCAAACCAUUAGGAAAACCAGAGCCUAUAUGGAGUUCCCUCUUCUAACCCAACUGACUUGUAUCUGUCCGUGGAAAAUUCCAAUCCAGAAGAAUUGACCUUGACUAUUAAUAAAGACACUGGCAGAGAGAUCUUCCCAUAAUAAAGCAAUCCGAAUCAGCAUCACUAAACUGAUAUUGCAUGAAGCAACGAUAAAAUUACAAAAGAGCAGCAUUUUUAAUUUUCACAAAAACGUCUCAGUUUCCAGCUCUACCUGCACGUUCCAUAACCAACAAUAUAAACCGUGAUCUCAUGUAACACACACAAAAAAAAACAACCCAUACCUUUCAUAGUUCAUUAUUAUUAAAGUCUCAACAAAACUGCAAUUUCCUAGGUGACAAAUCUUUUGUUUACAGAUAAUUGAAGAUUACCCUAAAAUGCUAGAAGCUGUCUAGGUCCAGUGUGUCGGACUGAUCUCAGAUUAGAUGUGCCAAUAACCGAGUUUAUUCAGUAAACAACUUGAAUCUUGUACUUGUUUCAUCUGUUUUUAUUAUUAUCAUCCAUACACAGUAAUGACUCUCUGACCCUCUGGAAAUAUUUAAUGCUUACAAUCUUGCUUUGUGUAUCUCACUUAAUUUGUUAAAAGGUAGUACUGAUUUUAGCAUAUCAUUCAUGUGAUUUCUUUCUUGUUGUUAAUAUUGUUCACUUCCGUCUGCAUUUGAUCUGGAAAGCUCCCCAGAGUUCUCCAGCAAGACCCAAAUAUGUAAAUUGUCAUUGUUUGGGGGAAGAAAACCUGUGUUUUUGUUAGUUUACAAUAUUAUGAAAUUUCACUCCAGGACAACCUGUUGGACUUCUAUUGCUUUGUGUUCUUUCUUUGUUUCUUUUUUUCCUUGUAUUUUUCCAUUGAUUUUUUUUUUUUCUUUGACGUGAAGUGUUUUGUUUCCAAAUCUGGUCCAUAUUUACAAUCUAGUUCAGAGCCAAGCCUUAAACUGUACAGAAUUUCCACUGUAAUUAAAAUUAUUGAGUGUUUAGUUAUAAAUAGCCUUCAAAAAGAUAUAUUCUCCACCACACUGUCCACGCAUCACAGUCCAUGGUGAAUGGUGUUUCUGCAUAGUGAAAUAAAAAUGGCAAACGCAUCGAAA